AUGUCGACCCCCCUUCUGAUUCCAUUUCGGGCCAGACUCAGACUUGUGCGCCAUCCAGGCAAAGCAGACUCGAAACGCAUGGCAUCGCCGCCAGGCGUUAACAUCAACGUUCUGGAGCUCGACCGAGGGGGUCAUGUCUCGUCACCCGAGGGGAUGCGUGAGUAUGGUCCCAUUCCGCCGUACGUCACCAGAGAUACGACCAUGAUCCACUAUAUGAAUCUCCCCCUCGGGUAUACAUACGCAUUUAGCAUUUCACAGAAACCUCGAGUCACAAGUCACAUACUGCACGUCGCUGUCACCAUCACCUAG